AUGGCCCGCUUUGCACAGAAACCUAGUGAUUUACACAGACACUCUGUCUUUCCAGAGGAUAGAACUUUUGUCUUUUACAUCCAGAGCAGAUGUCAGCCAUCAUAUCUCAGCGAUGUCAGCCAGAUAAUGUCUAUCUCCUGUGGUGAUGCUCAUGCUGGUGGUACUGGGACCAUACAUUUGAUUAUCUUGUUGCCUCAUCUGUCCAUCAGGUUCAUCAAUAUAGAGCUUGGAAACCAAACAGAUACUUCAAAAUGGAUUCUUCUGGGAUUGACAGAGGAUCCAGAACUGCAGUCUCUCAUCUUUAGCCUGUUCCUGAUCAUGUACCUGGUCACUGUCCUUGGGAAUUUGCUCAUUAUCCUGGUUGUCAGCUGUGACUCAUAUCUGCACACCCCUAUGUACUUCUUUCUCUCCAAUCUAUCUUUUACUGAUAUCUGUUUGAGCACAACCACCAUCCCAAAGAUGCUGGUGAACAUCCAGACACAGAAUCAGAGCAUCACUUACACAGGCUGUCUCAACCAGAUAUUCUUUGUUGUGGUUUUUGGUUAUUUUGAAAAUUUUCUUCUAGCAGCAAUGGCUUAUGACCGCUAUGUGGCCAUUUGUCACCCACUGAUGUACACAGUCAUCAUGAACCCCUACUUCUGUGGCCUGCUGAUUCUACUUUCUUUGUUCAUUAGUGUCGUGGCUGCCCUAAUCAACAGUCUGAUGGUUUUCAAUCUGUUGUUCUGUACGAACCUGAAAAUCCCUCAGUUCUUCUGUGACCUUCCUCAGAUCCUCAAGCUUGCCUGUUCCAGUACCCUCAUCAACAACAUCCUGAUAUAUUGCAAUGUUAAAUUUUCUCAAUUAUAUUUGGUGUUUCUGAGAUAUUUGAGCAUCGUCAGUGAAGAAAGCUUCAGUAAUAAUACAAGAAUCUUAGACACUGAUAAUCUCAAAAAUAAACAUCGUUCAUUGGAAGGACUUUGUACAAAG